GCUUCCGGGUUAGGACGUCUGUUACUGACUCUUGGCGUCAGAGGCGUCUCCUGUGGCCCCGGAAGCGGCUGCUCCGUCUCCUGGCGGAGCCCCCACCCUCCGCGCCCCUCACACCCUCCGCCCUCUUCCUCUGCGGGGGCAGUAGGACGAGGGACUCAGCCCCGAGGGAAGGGAGCGGCGGCGCCCGCCAGGCCCAGAGCUGCUGCCAGUCAGUGUUAGCAGUACUGAGCUAGGUGGACCCAAUGGUCUGACUGCAUUCACCUGUGUUACCACACCUUGAAAAGGAUAUUGCAGGGCUGGAAAACCAAAAUGAUUAAGGAGUUGGAGCAACUCCCCCAGGAGGAACAGGUGCAAGAUUUAGGAAUUUUUUGUUUAGAAAAACAAGUAGAAAGGUUUACAAUUCAGCAUGGAGCAAAGAAGAUAGUAGAAGGCGGAAGACCUUGGGAUGCAGGAUGGCUUUCUUGGACAAUCCAACCAUUAUCCUGGCUCACAUCCGACAGUCACAUGUGACCAGCGAUGACACAGGGAUGUGUGAACUGGUCCUGAUUGACCACGAUGUCGACCUGGAGAAAUUCCAGCCCACUUCGGCCAAUGGGGACAACAGCUCAGAAACGCAGGGCAGCAAUGGCGAGUCUCAGGGUUACGUAUACUCCCAGUCGGUCGACAUUACCUCAAGUUGGGACUUCGGUAUUAGAAGGCGAUCAAAUACAGCUCAGAGACUUGAACGGCUACGGAAAGAGAGGCAAAAUCAGAUAAAAUGCAAGAAUGUGCAGUGGAAGGAAAGGAACACAUCUUAUUCAGCGGAGGAGCUGAGCCUGCUGUUUGAGAAGAAGAACUUCAGGGUGAAGCCUCAGCGUGCUGCUACGAAGCCAUCAAUCCUCUCAGUACGGCUGGAACAGUGCCCCCUACAACUGAACAACCCAUUCAACGAAUACUCAAAGUUUGAUGGCAAGGGCCAUAUUGGCACCACUGCAACCAAAAUCAUUGAUGUCUACCUCCCGCUGCACACAAACCAGGACAAACUGCAGCCCAUGACUGUGGUGACCAUCGCCAAUGCCAAGGUGCAUGACUUGAUUGGGCUCAUCUGCUGGCAGUACACGAGUGAAGGACGGGAACCCAAACUCAAUGAAAAUGUCAGCGCUUACUGCCUCCACAUUGCUGAGGACGAUGGUGAGGUUGACACAGACUUCCCACCCUUGGAUUGCAAUGAGCCCAUCCACAAGUUCGGCUUCAGCACACUGGCACUGGUAGAGAAAUACUCUUCACCCGGCUUGGCAGCCAAGCAGUCCCUCUUCGUCCGGAUAGCUUCUGGGUCGAAAGCUGCACCUGGAUUCCCCAGCGACAGUUUUUUUGCAGCCAGAAAGAGAAAUCUAGCCAGGGUCUCUGUUAAUAGUUUGUUCAAAUCUGCCAAAAGAAAUGCUGCACAUGGAUUCUCACUUAUCCAGGUGGACAGCAUGAAGGUCACCAUGAAGGACAUCUUGCAAAAAGCUUUGAAGCGGAGAAAAGGAUCCCAGCGAGGCUCAGGCCCUCAGUACCGGCUGGAGAAGCAGAACGAGCCCAACGUCCCUGUUGACUUAGACUGUACCUUGGAGAGCCAGAGCACUUUGGAAUUCUGCCUCGUCCGCGAGAAUAGUUCAAGAGGCGAAGAGAUCUCUGAAGAGGACCCACAGAUCGACAUUGCAACCGUCCAGGAUAUGUUAAGCAGCCACCAUUACAAGUCUUUCAAAGUCAGCAUGAUCCACAGGCUUCGGUUCACCACAGACGUUCAGUUAGGCAUUUCGGGAGACAAGGUGGAGGUGGAUCCUGUAACAAAUCAGAAAGCCAGCACUAAGUUCUGGAUUAAGCAGAAGCCCAUCUCCAUCGAUUGUGAGCUCCUCUGCACUUGUGACCUUGCAGAAGAAAAGAGCCCAACCGCAAUGGGUGAUGCUUCCUCACUGCGGUUUCCACCAAGAACGAACGAAAGGAAGAGGGAAGAAAGGAAGGAUGGAGGAGGCACAACAAGCAACGUGUUUUGCAUCACAUCUAGUUUGACCCUGAGCCAUGCAAUAUUUAAACUCGCAUAUCUAAGCAAUCACGACUACAAACAUCUCUACUUUGAGUCUGAUGCUGCUACUGUCAACGAGAUUGUGCUGAAGGUGAACUAUAUCCUGGAAUCCCGUGCCAGUACAACACGAGCAGAUUACUUGGCUCAAAAGCAAAGAAAACUGAGUCGAAGGACCAGCUUCAGCUUCCAAAAGGAAAAGAAAUCAGGGCAGCAGUGAAGUCUAGACUUGUCUGGAGUCCAGCUGCCCUGCUUGGGAAUAAGUUGGAAACGCUCCCUCUGGGACAAGAGGGACUCAUGAAUUCUGGUGGCUAGUGGCCAGCCAGCAUAGGAAUUAUUUUACAGGUAUUAUUUUACAGGUCGACAUGACAUAUUUUACACAGCCGCUUUUGGCAAUGGGCUUUGCCCUUUCAUAGGAAAAGAAAAAAGAGCCAUAUCAGCCCCAAAGAGGACAUAGUUGGGCUUUCAAUGUCUCCCGCUGGGGCCAAUAGAGGCCUCUAUAGGCUUGACUUCCUGUUUGUUUGUUUGUUUGUUUGUUUGUCUGUUUGUCUGUUUGUUUUUGUAGAAAUCUCCAAGGUACAAUUGCAAGGAAAGUGCCAUAGGAUCGCAAAAAAAUAAAGUCCAAAGGUGAAAACCGAAUGGCCCUUGUUUGUAGCCUACACACACACACAGGAGCGCACAGCUCACAGACAAACCCACAAAGACAAACGUAUCGCUGCUGACAUGAUCAAAUUUCCUAAAAACCAACAAACAGGACAAAUGUAUCCAUUUUUGUUACUAAUAAACAAAUUGUACUCUU